CAUCCGCCUUUGACUCGCAUCUGCCUCCAUCGCAUCCAUGACGAAGCGACCGCUGCUCUCCCGUCCCCUGGACCUGACCCUUCUGGUCUAUCUCCUCCUCCAUCUCCUCCCGUGCGUCCUCAUCAACUCGGCCAUCUAUCUGCCGCCCUCGCCUCUGACUGCCGCCGCCAAUGGUGCCGUGGACCGAUGGCUCGAGAUGUCGGCCGAUCCCUUCGUUUCCGCGUUCGUUCGGGGCACCGGCCCCAAGUGGUAUGCCGCCAUCAUGGCCAGCGAGCUAUUUAUGGAGGUCCCACUGAUGCUCUAUUGCAUCUGGGCCAUCCCUCCAGAUUCACCAAGCUGGCAGAUCCCUGGUGUGAUCUAUGCCACCCAGUGCGUUACGACUGUGCCCAUCAUCCUCUACAGCCUCCUGACCGAGCACCGGGAUCUUCCCUAUGACCAAACCGUCACCAUUGCCAUUGCCAACGUUGUGUUUUUCAUCCUCCCUCUGGUGAUGCUGUACCGGUGCACUUUGGGCUGGUCUGUGCCUUCUUUGCCGUCCAAGCUCAAGAAGCACUAGCUCGACUGGAUAUCGAUACUCGCCUGAUCGUCCGUCGUCAUCGAGUCGGCGCUCGCUUCUGCGUCUCUCGCAGGCAUGUCGCAGACGCACUUGGGUUCCAGCACGCUUGCAAACGGAGAAAAGCUCUUCAUUUGUGUGUAAACAUCUUGCCUCCAACUGUGGGCUGAGACAAUCCCUUGAGCAUAGCGCCGGUCCAAUACACCAUAUCGAAAUCGCA